AUGGAGCUGGGCAGCUGCUUCAAGACCUACGAGGAUUUCAAGGAGUGCUUCAGCGCCUACAAAAAGGAGAACAGGUGCUCCUUCAUUCUCAGGGACUGCGUCUCCGUCCGCUUCCACAACCUCAACCAUGGCACCUCCAUCCGCGAGGACAUCCUAUAUGUGCAGGUGAAAUUUGUCUGUAUUCGGACUCAGUCAAACAGGAAGAGAACCUCAGAGGCGGACGUGUGCCCAGCGUACUUGCUUCUGCGGUACAAUGAGAAACUGGAUAGACUGUUUAUCAGUGAACUCAACACCCAGCAUAUCCAUGUUGACUCCAAAACUGCAAGUCCUAGAGGAGACACCGCUGGCAAAUCUCAAAAGACAGUGUGCCUGCAGAAAUCCCAGCCCGCGCAGCCCGCGCAGCCCGCGAUCAAGAAAGACCUUGACCUGGCCGAGAAGUCCCCUGUUGAACCAUCAUUUUGCUUAGAUAAGGUCCAAGCACCCUCAAAGCCAGAGCAGGAGGGCAUCACUCCUUCUGACCUGGCCAAGAUAGCAAAAGUGAUGAAAAACUUUCUUAAGGUGGAUGAGGGUUCCAUGGCCUCUCUCAGCGUGGGCAACAGCCAAGACCUGGACCGGCUCAGCUUCCAGAGCAGCAAGAUGAGCGAUCUGUUCAUCCGCUUCCCAGAGAAUCUCUUGCUGCACCGGGUGGAGAACGCCCAGGGCCACAUCCUUUAUGCUUUCUUGGUGGAGAACAAGGAACGAGAGGGUCGCGUGGUACACUUUGCAGUGCUUCAGGCUGAGACAGCUACCUCCGUGGCCAAGAUGCUGAGUAUCUUCACGGAGUUCAACUCAGAUUGGCCCAAGGUCAAGGUGGUGUUCGUGGACCCGUCCUUCCCUCAUCGAGCCGUCCUGCAGGAGAUCUUCCCUGCUGCGCGCAUCCUCCUCUCCAUCUACCACACCACCCGGCUCCUGGAGAAGAAGUUGCAUCGGAGUUCAGCAAAUCCAUCCUUUAAAAGGCUCAUGAAGGAAGCCCUCCGGGAGGCCGUGUUUGUCACUUCUGAUGCCAGCCUGCAAAAUCUCUGUCAGAUGUCCCAAGCCUUACUAGAUGAGCAGCUCUUUGGCUUCCUGCAGGCCCACUGGUUCUCCUGUGAACUGCUCUGGUACAUGCAUGUGAGGAAAGGCCUGCACGCGUGUAACACGUACAUGGACAGCCUAGACGUGGUCACCAGCAAGGUGUCCAGCCUCUUCCGGGAACAGCAGUGUCUGCUGGACUGCAUCCUCCGCUUUGUGGAUUAUAUAGACUUCUUUAAUACCAAAGGCUUGAAGAACUUGCCCACAGCUCCUCCCAAGUUAAAAAGAGCCCGGCCAGCCAGCAUGCCACCAAAGCCCAAGAAGGCGUUUGGAGUCUGUGGGGGGAGCCUCACCAGGCUCCCCGUGGAAGAGACCAAGCCAGGCCCGCAGCGGGGGCAGCUGCGGCAGCAGCCACAGGUGCGGCCCUCCCAGGGCGGCAUCUCCCAGUACGGCAUGCUAGAUGCCUUGCACAGCAGUGGCUCCCAACUGGCCUAUAAGCUAUGCCAUAACGAGUGGGAGGUGGCACAGAACUCCACCCACCUGGUGGACGUGGCUGGCUCCUCGGUGGACAUUCAGCUACUGGAGGAUUCUCACCAGGUGAGCAAAGAUGGCUGUAGCUGCAGCUGUUCCUUUCAACGGUGGUACCACCUGCCAUGCCGGCACAUUUUGGCCCUGCUGCACACCAGCCAGAAGCCCGUGGGAGAAGCCAUGGUGUGCCGCCGGUGGCAGAAGAGGUACCAGCACCUCCUUGGGCCCAGUGGGGAGCUCCGGGACCCCGUCAUAGUCCCAAACACAGGCCAGCCUGGGAGGCAAGGACGGAGUGACAUGAUUCAGGACCUAAGCAGGGAGCUAGCAAACCUGCUCAUGCAGAGCGAGGGGCCAGAGUUAGAGGAGCGCUGUUCCACCCUGCGCAAGAUUGUGGACAUCUGGGCAGACCCCUGCCAGCCGCCUGAGCCCAGUCAGCAGCCAGAGGACUUCAAGGAUGUGGGCCGCCUCCCUUUCCUCUGGGGAAAGCCAGAGGAAGGGGAGGGACUCCCUCCCACCGGAGCCACGAUUCAUGAUUGAAGCACUGGCACUGGCACAUUGGACCACAGGCCCCUGUCCUUGGAAGUCUGAGAGCUCAAGGCAGGCGGGACAUGCUAGGGACCAGCAUUCUCACCAGGGUCUUCCUAGGUAGGGCUAGGAAGAUUGUUA